CCACGCUGCCCGGUCCCGUUCUCCGGUGCUCCAUCAUGUCUGGGUCUCAGCUGCUCAGACUGCUGCUCAACGAGCGACUAGCAGCGGCUGCAGAGGAGAUCUGGGGACUCGUUGAGAAGUCGAUAUCAGAGUAUCAGGAUGAAGCUGUCCGCUCCAAGAGAGAAGUCCUCCAGCUGAGACAGCAGAUCGAGCAGCUGACCGUCUUAAAGCCUGAAGUCAUCUUAUUCAGAGCAGAAACCCAGCUGGUCUCUGAGGAACUGCCUCCUUCAUUGCAGCAAUAUGACAUUGAGGUGGAAGAGAUUCCCGUUGAGCACCUACAGGUCAAAGAGGAGGAGGUGGAUUGGUGCAUCGAUCCAGACAUGGAGGCUGAUACUUCCAACGAUGCUGAAGUCAGACAUCCUAAACCAGAACCAGACACUAACUGUGAGCUGCUCUCAUCUUACACGGCUGAAACUGUGAGUGUAAACGAAAGCGUCAACGACAAAUGGAAUGAAGGAGAUGGUUCAUCGUCGCCUCGUCGGGGUCAUAGCGUUGAAGUCUGUGUGGAACUGGAGGAGCCUCCCAGGGAAGAAAAGUCUUGCCGUUUUUGUGGUUUAAAUUUUACGAGGGACUCUCAUCUUAUAAGGCAUGUAGACAGGAAUCACAAAGGGCACAAAGCCUUUAAAUGCCUGGAGUGCAACAAGGAGUUUGAACAAAGGUACCAGCUGGUUCUGCAUACAAGAGUUCACACCGGUGAAAAACCCUUCCGUUGUGAUUACUGUGGCAAAACAUUCAGUCAGAACUCAAGUCGUAUUGUUCACAUGAGGGUGCAUACUGGAGAGAAACCAUAUUUCUGCAAGAAAUGCGGCAAGAGGUUUGCCAGUAGCAAUCAUCUUAAAUUGUGCACAGGGACUCAAAACAAAAGCACAAACAAGUCUUUUCGCUGCACAACAUGUGGCAGAUGCUUUCACACGGAUUCAAACCUGAAGGUGCAUAUGGAGGCUCACGAGUCAUGGAGACAACACGUCAGUGAGAAACAACACGUCAGUGAGAAACUGCAGGAACAGGAGAUGGAAGUGAAACAAACUUAAAGCUGUGUGAGAGAACGCCAGAGUCUAUGAGACACCAAAUUUGUCUUAAAAUGUGCAGUCCAGUAUUUAGGAAUGGCCUGUUGCAGCUACAAUCUCCCACAAAAGCAUACAUGUGCUGAAAUGUUGUACAUUUUUUUUUUUUUUUAGCUGAAUAAGAAACUAUAUUCACCAGUUUCUGUGGAUACAAUUACAAUUUUGGGCUGUGUCAGUUAUAAUUUGACAUCUCGAACAAAUAUUAUAAUUGUUUUAUUUAUGGUGGAGAAGAAAUGAAACUGUCCCAAAUGUCCUACCCCUCCCCCCUCACUCCACCCAGUUGGUGCUAAUGUAUAACUUGUGUUCAGAUGGUUUACAGAUUGGCUGUGACAUCACUGCAUUUACACAUAACUGAGAUUGUGUCUUCAGAAGUUAGAUGUGAUUAUCAGCAUCCUUCAGGUUUUAUUACUUGUUAUGUUGUUGUUGUUUUUAAUCUUUUUGUUGUUAAGUAGUUACUUCAGUAAGCGUUAGUGCCUUGCUUGGAUAACAAG